AUGGGUGAUAGAGUCACUCCAUACUUGGACGCAUUGUCCCAACACUUUCCAGCAGAAUGUUCGUCCAUCAUAAACUCCCUGAGUUCCGAGCAGGCCCGUUCUACUGUGGACACGCUACUUGCAUUUGCAUCUGGCGGUGAUUGUCCCACAGACAUGUCGGCCCUCGGCCAACUAGGGUGGGCGAGAGAUCAACCUGCCGCCAUCAGGGCGAUUCAAGACCUAGCUGCACAGAAAGGCACAAAACGCGGGCGAGCAGCCAGCACUGAUGAAGAAGGCGUUGUGUCAAAUUCCAAGCGUCAAAAAACUACUGAUGUACUUGAGGACGAUCGGCCCAUUUAUACACUGCCUUCGAUAUCUACGACCUCGCCUGUUCGAAAAAAAGUUGACAUCACGAUUCAUGAGAAAACGAUACGCUUUUCAAAUCCUUCAUCUCGUGCGGUGGAAGCUUCGAUACCUCUUUAUAGUAUUUCACGGGCAUUCCUGGUACCAACACGCGGAAAAGCAAAGCAGCACUGGACAGUCGUCAUGCUAUCCAGCGACGUACCUGAAAAGGGUAAGGCCACAACUUCUAACCCACACCAAAUAAUAUUUGGACUUGACGCUAUAAGCGCUUCUAAAUUCGAUGUUACCUCCUACUCUGACCCCUCCACUCCAUCCACAUCAACGGUUGCGAAAGGAGAAGAGACGCUCUUCGUCCUGCGCGAGUUUCUGACACAUCUUCCUAUUUCUCUUCUCGAGGCCUCAGCAACUGUAUUUCGCAGCGCGUGUGCCACUCCUAAAUCUGGACACUGCGCAGCGGGUAUCGAUGCCUAUUUUGCCGCCAAACCUGGAACUCUAUGGUUUUUCGAUUCAGGAAUUCUCUGGGGGGAAAGCAAACCAUGCGAGUUCUGGGCCGUUGGUGAUCUCAUCCCAAAAGAUGGUAUUCGCUUGAUCAGUGCCACGGGUCGCACGUGUUCAGUCAUUCUAGGGAGAAAGGCAUCGUCGUCUACUGAAGAUCACAACGGCGGAGGAGAUAAAGAGGAUGCAGAGGGAGACAUUAUUGAGACAGAGUUUUCCAUGGUCGACGGCAGAGAGCAGGACCCCAUCAAUGCGUGGGCGAGGCAGCGGAAACACCUGUUCGGUAAAGGUUCUGCUCCACCUCCCUCCAAAGCCACAAGUGGUAAGAAGGCAAUGACUGAGGAGGAACCAUCUGUUGGCGGCAACACUGCUACCAAUGGUCCCGCAUGGGAUGAUUCAGACUCGGACGAUGACGACUAUGAGAUUGCAUCAUCGGAAGACAUUGAUAAUAGCAGCUCAUCAGAUUCAGAAGCGAGCGAUGUCGGGAGUGGUAGCCAACCUGAUGACGGUUCGGAAGAGGAAGACAACCAUGGAAGUGAUGUCAACGGCGGCGAAGAGAGUGGUGAGGAAUCUGAGGAAGAGCUCCAAGAAGCACAUCAUCCUCUCUUGCGACCGGGCGCUAUGCCUAAGAUGUCUAAGGCGACCAUCAAUGCAGUCGUAGACAUGGUAAAUGAGGAUUUAAUGGGGGGCAGCGAGGAAGAAGACGAGCUCGAUGAUUCAUAG